AAAUCAGAAUGUCAAUCACAGAACAUCAUGGAUUUUGAUUUUUGACUUCUGGAAGAAAAAUAUAUACUUUUUUAAAGUUUAAAAAACAGACAUUGUUUCAAGUUAUUAGAUACAUUUGUUUAUUAAACAUUUUUAGAAAUAAUUGGAAUUAGUAGAAACAUUGUCCAACAUGUCGUCAUCAGCAGUGGCGAAGUCAAUUAUUGAAUUCCAUAGGAGAAAUAUGUUAUUUACGGUUAACCAAACAUUCCGUAGAUUCAGUUCACUCAAACUUAUGUAUUCUGAAUAUGGAGAUCCACUUAAGGUUGUGAAUAAAGAAAGUGAAGAAAUCUCGAAACCAAAGAAUGAUCAAGUGCUGGUGAAAAUGUUAGCUGCGCCUGUAAAUCCAGCUGAUAUCAAUACUAUCCAAGGAAAAUAUCCCUCAAAACCAUCAUUACCAGCAGUUCCUGGUAACGAAGGAGUUGCAGAAGUAGUAGAAGUUGGGUCGAAUGUAACAGAGUUGGAAGUAGGUGAUCAUGUUGUCCCCACAACUAAUAAUCUGGGAACGUGGCGAACACAUUUAAUUCUGUCACAAGAUUGCUUCCUGAAAGUACCAAAAGAACUUGGUUUAGUAGAAGCAGCUACGCUAACUGUCAAUCCUUGUACUGCUUACAGAAUGUUGAAAGAUUUUACUAACUUGAGACCUGGCAAUACAGUUAUUCAAAAUGGGGCUAAUUCAGCUUGUGGCCAAAAUGUUAUUCAAAUUUGUCACUCUUGGGGUGUAAGGUCUGUGAAUAUAGUGAGAAACAGGCCAAACUUGCAAGAACUUAGAGACUUUUUGACAAAAUUAGGAGCUACAUAUGUGCUUACAGAGGAAGAACUCAGAACUACAGAUAUAUUCAAAACCAACAAAAUUGAAAAACCCAAAUUGGGGUUGAAUUGUGUUGGAGGGCAGAGUGCCUUAGAACUAGUUCGUCACUUAGACAGGAGUAGUCCUCUGGUUACAUAUGGGGGCAUGUCUAGGGAACCUGUUUCAGUACCUACUUCUGCUUUAAUUUUCAAAGACAUUCAGAUUCGAGGCUUCUGGAUGACACACUGGACUAAAACAAAUGCCAAUAGUCUUGAGAGAAUAAAAAUGUUUGAAGAAUUAAUAACACUGAUGACUAAUAAUGAAUUGCGAGGCCCAUCUCACAAAAUGGUCAGCUUUGAUGACUACAGGGAAGCUCUAAUGAAUACCAUGACUGUCAAAGGAAUGAUUGGGAAAAAAUUUAUUCUAGACUUCACUAAGUGAUUUAGAUUUUUUUUGUUUUAAAGUAACCUACUUACUGUAUAUUUGUGAUAUACAUUAUGAAUGUAUAAUUAGGUGUAGUUCAUAUGCUCAAACAGUUUAAGAAAUAAUUCACAAUUACAUAUAACUUUUCAAUUGAA